AUGAGUAUUAAAGAAAUUCCAAUAAUUUUGGUCUGUAAGCAGAAGGAGAAAACCUACAAUGUUUAAGUUAACAUUGAAUCUUCAAUAGAGGAUUUGAUUAUUGAACUUCAUCCAUUAUUACAACCAGGAAAUUAAUAACAAAUCGUGCUUCAUUUUGGAAAUAUGAUCCUUAAUUCAAAGAAAUAGUUCAAGGAUUAUAAUAUUGUAAAAGGUAGCAUUAUAGAUAUUAUAAUUUAUACUCAUGGAGGGAUAUUUUUAAAUUGAUAAAUAAAUAAUAGAUGAAACAAGAAUCAGUAAUUAAAGUUAAAGGAAUAGAAGUAAAAUCAAUAUUUACUUUUACGAAGUAUAAUUAAAGUGGAUUAUGUUUUUAUGGGU